AUGGGCGUCUUCAAGAGAGUUAUCCUGAAAGGCAACGGCGUCGACAGGCCGGAGAAGGGCGACUCGGUGACCAUGGAGUACACCGGCUGGCUUUACGACGAGAACCAAGCCAACAAUGGCUACAAGGGCACGCAGUUUGACUCUUCAAUCGGCCGUGGAGACUUCGUGACCGAGAUUGGGCAAGGGCGUGUCAUCAAGGGCUGGGAUGACGGCAUCAUCGGUGCAGGCAACACGGAAGGCAUGACGCUUGGCGAAAAGGCGACCUUGAUCAUUACCAGCGAUUACGGCUACGGCAGCCGUGGAUUCCCAGGCCACAUCCCUCCCAAUGCGAGCUUAGUGUUCGAUGUCGAGCUCAAGGCCAUCAACGGCAAAAAAGCAUCGUAA